AUGGAAGGAAAGAGCCCCAUUAACAAGUUUGGUAGAGGCCACCGCGACAAGGUCCAGCAGUUCAUGGCCAUAACUGGGGCAAGUGAGAAAGCCGCAGUUCAAGCAUUGAAGGCAAGUGAUUGGCAUCUUGAAGGUGCAUUUGAUGUGUUCUACAGCCAGCCCCAGAGUAAAAUACAUACAGACUCCAGACAAUUGGAAGAGCUAUACAACAAAUAUAAAGAUCCAUAUCUGGACAUGAUAAUGGCGGAUGGUAUUGCUCGUCUUUGCAAUGACCUUCAGGUGGAUCCUCAAGACAUAGUUAUGUUAGUUGCUUCAUGGCACAUGAAGGCUGCCACCAUGUGUGAAUUUUCGAAGCAGGAGUUUGUCGGUGGACUACAAUCUAUAGGGAUAGAUUCACUGGAGAAGUUCCAAGAGAGGAUACCAUUCAUGCGUUCUGAGCUGAAAGACGAACAGAAGUUUCGUGAAAUAUACACUUUUUCUUUUGGGUGGGCAAAAGAGAAGGGUCAAAAAUCUCUAGCACUGGAUACUGCAAUAGGAAUGUGGCAACUACUAUUUGCUGAAAAGCACUGGCCAUUGGUUGAUCACUGGUGCCAGUUCUUACAGGCUCGGCAUAAUAAAGCUAUCUCGAGGGACACUUGGUCUCAGCUAUUGGAAUUCACACGGACAGUUGAUUCUGGAUUAGCAAAUUAUGAUGCUGAAGGGGCAUGGCCAUAUCUGAUUGAUGAGUUUGUGGAUUACCUGAAUGAGAACGGUGUUGGUGUUGAUGGGUUCAGUCGAACAAUUGGAGCUUAA